GAUGGCUGACAUUGUCGACUUUUUCAAUUGGACGUACGUCAGUACAGUAGCUUCCGAGGGAGACUAUGGUGAAAAAGGAAUAGAGGCUUUUAAAGACGAAUUAACCGCCAGGAAUGUUUGUACGGCUAUAGAAGCAAAGGUUCCUCAGUCGUCCAAUAAGCAAAAUUUUGAAAAGAUUGUUAAAGAACUUAAAAAUAAUGAAGCUAGAGUUGUCGCCCUCUUUCUUAGAGUUGAAGAUGCUACUCAACUUCUAUCAGCUGCCCAACGUCUCAACAUGAUCGAUUCUUUCGUUUGGAUCGCAUCGGACGGUUGGGGAAACAAUCCUCUACCCGUUAAAGACACAACUAACGUUUCUAGAGGAGCUAUAACCAUAGAGUUGAAAUCGAAGAAAAUUCCAGAUUUUGACACGUAUUUUAGGAGGAGACGACCCUCGAAUAACACCAGAAAUCCUUGGUUUAACGAAUUCUGGGAAUCAGCUCACAAAUGUAAAUUCAAACCAAAAGAAAAUGGUUCUCUCUGUACUGGAAACGAGACAUUUCCAGACUUCAAACAGGAAAGUAAAUUACAGUUUGUGUACGAUACAGUGUAUGCUGUUGCUCAAGCCUUAAAUAAAGUUCUAGAAGAGCAAUGUUGGUUGAACGACGAUAGGAAGACGUGUAUGAGUGAAUUUUUAAGAGAUGGAAAGACAUUUUAUAAACAUUAUCUACUGAACGUUUCCUUUGAAGGUGAGUAA